GCCUCCCCUGAGUCCCAGUGCUUGUUAUGUGUGUGUGUUAUAUUGCCGGAUUGACUCUUCCAUUUCUUGCAUCUUGCACCUGUCUGUAUAUACUAUUACAGUGGGAUGAUCUGCUUGAAUCUCGGAGCUUGCACGCUUAAUCUCUUGCUUGCGAAUGCUCUGGGCACACCAGCCCACUGAAGGAGCUUUCUCAAUGGCACCUGAAGAAUAAAGGGUGGAAUUCCUUUUUCCUAGAUCUGGACAGAAUUCUACUCAACAUGAUGCACCAGAAAAUAUCUUCUGCUGUUGUCUGAUAAAGCAAUUCAUGGAUCUUUUUCAAAUAAAUUAAUUGGAUAUACAGCAAUUUCAGUUUUACCUUUCAGUUAUUUUGACAUUUCUUUAUCUUAUACUAUAAGUAAAAAGAGAUGGAUGAUGGAUAUAGAGAUAACUCACGUAUUUACCAAGGUGCAAGAGACAUAGCCCGAGAGGUAAAGAGACAAACUAGCAACAGAGCCAUGGAUGAUUACAGGUAUCAAGACAACACAUAUGGUGGUUAUUCACCAAAUGAUGCUUAUUAUAGUGGAGAUAAUGUCAAUCAAGAUGAAGAUGCUCAGAGUGAUGCGACGGAAGGGCACGACGAAGACGAUGAAAUAUAUGAAGGCGAAUACCAGGGUAUUCCACACCCUGAUGAUUUAAGACAGCAUAAAGCAUCAGCCAUAAGAGAUGAAUUUAAAGACCCAGCUGAUAUCAUUGCUGAAAGAAUUGAGGAUGAAGAACAGCUGGCUUAUCAGUAUGAGAACAUAAUUCAGGAAUGUGGGCAUGGUCGGUUCCAGUGGACCCUCUUCUUUGUUUUGGGGCUUGCACUGAUGGCUGAUGGGGUGGAAGUAUUUGUCGUGGGAUUUGUUCUUCCCAGCGCCGAGAAGGACAUGUGUUUAUCGCGUUCAAAUAAAGGAAUGUUGGGGCUAAUAGUGUACCUGGGCAUGAUGUUCGGUGCAUUCAUUUGGGGAGGACUGGCAGAUAAAGUGGGAAGGAAGAAAUGUCUCAUUAUCUCACUCGCCAUCAAUGCAGCCUUUUCAUUUGUCUCUUCCUUUAUGCAGGGAUAUGGCUUAUUCAUUUUUUGCCGCCUUAUAUCGGGGUUUGGUAUCGGCGGAUCACUCCCCAUUGUGUUUGCCUAUUUCUCUGAAUUCUUAGCUCGGGAAAAGAGAGGAGAGCAUUUGAGCUGGCUCUGCAUGUUCUGGAUGGUUGGAGCACUCUAUGCAGCAGCGAUGGCUUGGAGUAUAAUUCCCCACUAUGGAUGGGGUUUCAGCAUGGGUACACACUAUCAUUUUCACAGUUGGAGAGUGUUUGUGAUCAUGUGUGUUCUGCCAUGCAUUGCCUCUAUCAUUGCUCUAAAAUUUAUGCCAGAGAGUCCUCGCUUCUUAUUGGAGACAGGCAAACACGACGAAGCUUGGAUGAUACUGAAGAACAUUCAUGACACAAACAUGAGAGCUAAGGGAGAACCAGAAAAAGUCUUCACAGUCUCCCACAUUAAGACACCCAAACAACCAGAUGAAUUCAUUGAAAUACAGAGUUCUACCGGGACAUGGUUUCAGCGUUGGUUUGUCAGGAUUAUGACUGUUGUUAAACAGAUAUGGGAGAACAUGUUACUUUGCUUUUCUGGACAAUUCAGAAAGAACACUAUAUUUUUGGCUGUCAUCUGGUUUACAAUGUCAUUAAGUUACUAUGGUCUCACUGUCUGGUUUCCCGACACAAUACGAUAUCUUCAAGAUGAAGACUACGCCAAUAAAGUAAAAAGGUUUGCCAAUGAAAACGUAAGGAAUUUCGUCUUCAACUUCACUCUCGAAAACCAAAUACAUGAAGAUGGAGAAUACUAUAAUGAUAGGUUUUACAAGAUGAAACUCAAGUAUGUCACUUUUGAAGACUCGUUAUUUGAUGAAUGUUACUUUGAAGAUGUGACGUCCGCUGGCACCAUGUUUAAAAAUUGUACCAUACAAAACACAGUUUUCUAUAAUACAGACCUCUACCGGCACAAAUUCAUAGACUGCAAUUUUAUAAAUGUCACAUUCUCUGAGGAAAAGGAGGGAUGCCAUAUUGAUUUUGAAGAAGACAAUGACUUCCUCAUUUACCUGGUCAGUUUUCUGGGAAGUUUGUCAGUAUUACCUGGCAAUAUCAUCUCGGCUCUUCUAAUGGAUAAAAUCGGAAGGAUACGGAUGAUUGCUGGGUCGAUGCUGAUUUCGGCAGUUUGCUGUUUCUUCCUUUUUUUCGGUAGCAGUGAAUCUGCAAUGAUUGGUUGGCAGUGUCUUUUCUGUGGCACCAGCAUUGCUGCCUGGAAUGCGCUGGAUGUUAUAACUGUUGAACUAUAUCCUACAAAUAAAAGGGCAACUGCUUUCGGAAUCUUAAAUGGCAUUUGCAAGCUAGCUGCUAUCUUUGGAAACUCAAUAUUUGCUUCUUUUGUUGGGAUAACAAAGGUUAUUCCAAUUCUUCUCGCUUCCAUUGCCCUCAUAGGAGGAGGCCUCAUAUCUCUUCGACUGCCUGAGACAAGAGAACUGGUCCUUAUGUAAGCUAAAGAGGAGCUAGGCAGACACUCUUGAUACCUCCUUUAGUUGAUUUGGAUCCAGUAUUUCAGGCAUCACAAACUUUUCAAAGAGCCAAAAGAUCCCCAGAGUCAGACAAGACCAUCAUUUAUCAUAAACAACACAAAGUGGACUUUAAGAGUGCUCUUCUUAAACCAUGAUAUUUCCUACAUGAGUUAAUGUUUCUCAAUGAACUUUUUAUGUUAUAUCAAAUGCUGUUAGCAAACUAUUGUAUAGUAAGAGAUAUAGUGCAUAGGGUGUUUUCCAUAUAGAUGGAUAGAUGAAUAAUAAGGUUUAAUUUCUAGCACAACUUUCCUGUUAAGGGAAUAAUCUGAAAGCCAUCUAUAUUCAGAAAAUAAUAUUAAUGCCCGAAUACUUAUAACAUUCUCAGAGCUUUUAUUUUGAUAACUCAGUUAUGUCAGGACAAUCACUGCUGUUUUAUAGAUCUGUUUAUCGGUAUGUAUGGGGUAUAACAUAAUGUGUGAGAAUAAUAGUUAUUGAGAAUGGGCAUACAGAGAUAAUGAUGCAACCACAUUAUUCCAGUAUUUAUAAAUAUUGUUCUAUGUAUUUCUGCAGUUUUAGAACAGAUUUAAGCAUCUCCUUUUUGGUGUUGUCUGGAUAAUCAUGGUCCUUGAGAUUUAGCCAUGUGCAGACACAAGCCUUAAUGCAAGGGUAAGAAGGUUUGCUUAAAAAUGGAAGUAAAAGAAAACAUGUCUCUUUUUAACAGUAAUACAAUAUCACUAAAAUCAGGUUUCUCCAGAGACUUAAAUGGGAAGGUUCAAUCAGAAUUCAUUGGCUGAUCUCUCAAGGCAACAGCUAGGGGCACAUUUACUAAGCUCGAGUGAAGGAUUCAAAGUAAAAAAAACUUUGAAUUUCGAAGUAUUUUUUUGGGUACUUGGACCAUCAAAUAGGCUACUACGACACUCGACUACAACUUCAAGUCGAACAAAAAAUCGUUCAACUAUUCGACCAUUCGAUAGUCGAAGUACUGUCUCUUUAAAAAAAACUUUGCCUACAUACUUUGGCAGUUCAAACCUACCG